UGCCUCACAUUGAUAUCUAGGAGCCCGCAUGAUCUUCUGCAUCUUCUUCCGUUGGUCAACUCAAUCACCCACUUGUUCCCCAGCUCAACCACCGUGCUUUCUGGAUCCGUUGCCAGUCUGCCGACCACCAGAAGCAUGGCUCCUACUAACGAAGACCCUCCUGCGGAUGGUCAGAUCGUCCCAAAGACGACGCCUGAAAUCUUUGCACUCUCCAAUAUCAUCACCGUCAUCGUUGGCGAGGAGAAGCUGACAUAUGCACUCCAUGAGAGCAUCUUGAGAUCCCGUUGUCCUUUCUUUGAUAAAUGCUUGAGCUCGGGAAUGCAGGAAGAAUUGGAAAAGACCGUCAGAUUGCCAGAAGAGCGCCCUUCGGCAUUCAACAUCCUAGUGCAGUGGAUGUACACUGACCGAAUCACCACGGGUUGGACUGAUGCAGGCCUUGUCUAUUCGUACGCCCUGGCGGACAAGUUCUGCAUGACGGGCCUGCAGAACGCUAUCAUCGACCAUGUGAGAGCCCAGCAGGGGUACACUGACUGUAAGAAGCGCAGGGUCAUCAUGAGUCCACGGUUGCUGGAGACUGUGUGGAAGCAUGCAGAGGGUUCUAAGUUGUCGCAAUUCGUUGUGGACAAACUGCACUAUGACGUGGUCACGAAAACACACCACUACACAGCAGACACUGGCGGACAUUUUACUGAGGGCUUUCGUCGGCUGGCAGAGACGUGCCCCCAAGCGGCGAACGCACUGCUUUGGAAAUUCAUCGAUUCAAGACAAGUUCAACGUCAGAACGGCGGAAAAGAAGACCUGCGGAAUCCAGCAACACUGAUUGGCUGUGUAUAUCACGUCCACAAAGAGGGAGAGAAGUGCAAGGCAGCAGUUUGAACACCACACUUUCAUUGCUGAUGCGUCGCAGGCCUGCACCACUGCAAUUUCGGGUUCUCGAUGAGGGCGGUAUGUUCCUGGACAUCAAAGAUGGUAGCUUGGCUGUUGACUAUGAAGAGGGCGUCACCACCAGUAUGAACUUUCACUCAGAUUGCGAGUGACAAGAGCCUCGCUUGCACUGCCUUAGGACAAGCAAUACCCUGCUUCACUGAGCAGAACUUUGGCUGCCUUGAAAUAAUGUCACAUAGAAACAAUGCACAAAACAGUAUCCUCUCUUUGUUUCUUCCUACCUCCUCUUCAUCGACUGCAAAGUGUGGCUUCCAGUUCGCCGAACUAGUAAGAAACC